UCCAUGUUACUGCAGGUGGCAAUAGUCUUAACUGACUCAUUUUAUCGGUUAUUACCCAUGUUUUUAAGAGUUUCUACGAAAUUAACAUUUUUUUUUGUAAAAACAAAAUGCAAUUGCAUAGCCUAGUUUCAUCAAUAUCCUCAAUUAGUGAUGCUUCAAUAUACACAUGCAGAGAGUACUUAAAUUUUCCUCUCUUCAGCAAGAGAUACUACGUCCCUCCAUUUUUCAUUAAACGUAAGUGUACUUUGCAUCCCGUUGCUUUUAUGUUUGCUAUUAUUGAAGAGGGGAUGGAUUUUAAAAUUAUUGGCCAUGUUUCCCUUUAGAGAAGGACACACGCGCCAACCCUGCCCUCACUGGAGCCUGGGCAGCAGCGGUGCGUGUUCUAACUUAGGCAACAUUGGGUCAUCUGUUUAUUGUCAGCUUGGCGGUCAGGAAGAAAGGGCGGCGGUUGCUGAGGUAACAGACACCCCGGGCAACGGCAAGUGGAGGCGGGAGGGGGCGUGGCCUCGACGGGCAAGCGACAAUAAGAGGUGGCGUCCGCCGCGGCGUUGCGAGCACCGCCUGUCUGCGCUGCCGGGCGUAGGCGGGGUGGUCCCUGCGUCUCCCGCCUCCUUGAAAAACCCGGGCGGGCUAGCGAGGCUGCGGGCCUGGCCGCUGCCUUUCCCCACACUCCCGGCCGAGGAGCCUCGCUCGGCGCCCAACAUGGCGGGUGGGCGCUAUGGCCCGCAGCUACUGGCGCUGCUGGCUGCCUGGGUCGCAGCUGUGGCGGCGACGGCAGGCCCCGAGCAGGCCGCGCUGCCGGCGGAGCAGAGCCGGGUCCAGCCCAUGACCGCCUCCAACUGGACGCUGGUGAUGGAGGGCGAGUGGAUGCUGAAAUUUUAUGCCCCGUGGUGUCCAUCCUGCCAGCAGACUGAUUCAGAAUGGGAGACUUUUGCAAAGAAUGGUGAAAUGCUUCAGAUCAGUGUGGGGAAGGUAGAUGUCAUUCAAGAACCAGGUUUGAGUGGCCGCUUCUUUGUCACCACUCUCCCAGCAUUUUUUCAUGCAAAGGAUGGGAUAUUCCGCCGUUAUCGUGGCCCAGGAAUCUUCGAAGACCUGCAGAAUUAUAUCUUAGAGAAGAAAUGGCAGUCAGUUGAGCCUCUGACCGGCUGGAAAUCCCCAGCUUCUCUAACGAUGUCUGGAAUGGCUGGUCUUUUUAGCAUCUCUGGCAAGAUAUGGCAUCUUCACAACUAUUUCACAGUGACCCUUGGAAUUCCUGCUUGGUGUUCUUAUGUCUUUUUCGUCAUAGCCACCUUGGUUUUUGGCCUUUUUAUGGGUCUGGUCUUGGUGGUAAUAUCAGAAUGUUUCUAUGUGCCACUUCCAAGAAAUUUAUCUGAGCGUUCUGAGGAGAAUGGGAGGUCAGAGGAGGCUCAUAGGGCUGAACAGUUGCAGGAUGCAGAGGAGGAAAAAGAUGAUUCAAAUGAAGAAGAAAACAAAGACAGCCUUGUAGAUGAUGAAGAAGAGAAAGAAGAUCUUGGCGACGAGGAUGAAGCAGAGGAAGAAGAGGAGGAGGAGGACAACCUGGCUGCUGGUGUGGAUGAGGAGAGAAGUGAGGCCAAUGACCAGGGGCCCCCAGGAGAGGACAGUGUGACCCGGGAGGAGUUAGAGCCUGAGGAAGCUGAAGAAGGCAUCUCUGAGAAGCCCUGUCCAGCUGACACAGAGGUGGUGGAAGACUCCUUGAGGCAGCGGAAAAGUCAGCAUGCUGACAAGGGACUGUAGAUUUAAUGACACGUUUUCAAGAAUACACACCAAAACAGUAUGUCAGCUUUCCUCUGGCCUGCAGUUUGUACCAAAUCCUUAAUUUUUCCUGAAUGAGCAAGCUUCUCUCUUAAAAGAUGCUCUCUAGUCAUUUGGUCUCAUGGCAGUAAGCCUUGUGUAUACUAAGGAGAGUCUUUCAGGUGUGACAAUCAGGAUAUAGAAAAACAAACGUAAUGUUGGGAUCUGUUUGGGGACUGGGAUGGUAACAAGUUCAUUUACUUGGGGGUCAGAGAGUCUUGACCAGAGGAGGCCACUUCCAGCCCUAAUUAGCACCUUCCAGAGACAAGGCUGCAGGCCCUGUGAAAUGAAAGCCAAGCAGGAGCCUUGGCUCCUGAGCAUCCUCAAAGUGUAGCGUAGACGCCUUGCUUCCUUUUCUUGUGUAAAGUAUUUAUUUUUCUCAAAUUGCAAGAAACAUCUGGCACCACAGUGCAUGAAAAAUCUUUUAUAGUUAGAAUUUGAAAGGGUCUUAGGUAUAGAGAGCAGCUCAGAAGUCAUCCCAGCCGUCUGAAUCUCCUGUGUUUUAUUUCUUACCUAUAAUUUUUCCAACUUUUCCACCAUGGGCAUUCAGGCUCUCCACACUCUUCACAAUUAUCUCCUGGUCAGAGGACUCCAAUAGCAGCCACGUUUACAUGAACUGUGUUUGUUUAUUCUGACCUAAGGGUUUAGAUAAUCAGUAUCCAUAAUCCAUGAAGCCGUGACUGCCAAACAUCUCAAAUGAAAUGUAGCCAUCAGAGACUCAAAAGGAAGUAAGGAUUUUACAAGACAGAUUUAAAAAAAUUGUUUUGUCCAAAAUACAGUAGUAGUAGUUGUUGUUUUUAAGUUUUCUUAGCAAUAUUUUUCAAGCCAGAAGUCCUCUAAGUCUUGCCCAGUACAAAGUAGUCUGUGAAGAAAAGUUGAAUACUGUUUUGUUUUGUUUUCAUCUCAAGGGGUUCCCUGGGUCUUGAACUACUGUAAUAAUAACUAAAAAACCACUUCUGAUUUUCCUUCGGUGAUGUGCUUUUGGUGAAAGAAUUAAUGAACUCCAGUACCUGAAAAUGAAAGAUUUGGUUUUGUUUCCGUCUUCUGUAAUCUUCCAAAGAAUUUUAUCUUUGUAAAUCUCUCAAUACUCAGUCUACUUUAAGUACCCAGGGCGGCUAAUUUCUUUUUAAAAAAAUCUAUCCAUCUAUUUCUCUCUUACCUGAUUUAUGUGUUAGAAUAAAUUCAUGAAAUUAGAUUCCAAGCAUA